GAGAACAGUCUCGCUGCUACGCUAAACAAACCCUCUUCUUCUUCCCCGCCUUCCCCGCGUCCAAAUCCAUUCCCAAAUCUGAAACACGCGCCUCAAUCUCUGCGCCGAGAAAGAGAGAAAUUCCCGCCCUCUCAAUCCCGCCUCCCCUUCCCAAAUCGGGGACUCCCAACCUUUUUAAUCGGAGCCUCCCAUUGGGAUCCCUCGAUUCGAUCAUCAGGAGAGGGGUGAGGGCGCUUGGUAGUGUUGUGGGAUUGAUUUCCCCAUCCAUCGAUGAAAGCUUCGAUCAAGUUCCGGGAGGAUCGGGCCCCCUUGGUGCGCGCCAAGGUCCCCGUCGGCGUUCUCGGCCUUCCCUUCGUCUCCGGCGUCACUGCCGCCGCUGGCCGAGGCGGCGACGAAGAUGCCCGUGAACUCCGCCUCGACCUCUCCACCGCCUUCCGUGCCGGCCCCUCCGUACGCCUCUCGUACCGCCCCAACGAUACCAUCAACCCCUUCUCCCUCGUCCUCAAGAUCGGGGUCGGUGCCCUCGGCUCCCCCUCCGCCGGCUCCCCUCUCUCCAUGGCCGCCGAGUUCGGCCUCCUCGGGUCCCGCCCCACUUUCUCCCUCCUCCUUAAGCCCCGCAUCGGCGACUUCUCCUUCCGGAAGUCCGUCUCCGCCGCGGUCCCAGCCACCGCCACGGGCGCCUCCAACGCCGUGGCUGUCACGGUCGCGCCAGUCGGUGACGGUCACGCUAUCGGGGCGCCGAUUGAGUUCCGCUCCGAUAAUGGGAUCCACCCUCGAAGGAAGUACAGCAGCUUCCCAGUAGACCUCUCCGCGUUCGCGGCCGGCAGCGGAGGCGGGAUCGACGGGCUGCUCUCCGGGUACGAGAUCAGCGCGAAGAGCGUCCUUCCGCUCCAGAGCCGCACGACCGUCCGGUUCAAGUGGGGAUUGAAAGUUCCUCCGGAGCUCCGCACUUCGUUUGAUGAUCCAACUGCCGGGAUCUCGCCGAACAAGCUGCCGCUCCUCGUGAUGAACAAGAUCUCCAUCGAACGCUCGACAGAUGACAAUAAGGCGAAGGAGAAUAAGCCUUGUGGAAUUACUGACGUGAACGAUGCGUGUGUGUCAGUGAAGCGUGAGGUGGAGGCGCUGCAGGUCGAGUGCGGUCUGCUGAGGAGUUCCGUGGAAGGGCUCCGGUCAGAGACCGGCAGCUGGAAGCAUGCUCCGGUAGCUUCACCGGUGGUACGGAAGAGGGACUGCCGGAGCGAUGGGAAGUCGUUGCAGAACACAGGGAAAUCUGAGGGCACGACCGAAGAGCUAAUGCAGCUUUCGACAGCAAGCACCGCCGCAAUGGCACCUUGAGAAUGGUAAUGAAGGUUUGGUACUUGUGUUUAUAUAUUUGCUGAAUCCAUGCGAUGAUAAUAGCUAUGAGAUAGAUUAUGUGGUAUGUUUGCUUUGGCAUAGAUUUGGUAGAAUAUUACUCGUAAAUGAUGUCCAUGUUUGCUAUCGUAAUCAGUUCAUGCUAUUGCAUUAAGUCCUCGUUUAUAUUCAAUUAAUGACGUUUUGUUCUCAGAUAACUGCUCGAUUUGACUGUUGAUUAUCCUUUUGGUAUAUCUGUUUGAGAAAUUGACUUGGAUUUGUAAUGGAGGAUGCGUGCCAUGCCCUAGUAUAAGGAACAUGACUGAACAGAGGUGGGAUUUUGCUUGAUGAUGAUAGCAAUUCAGCAUUGUUCUUUAUUAGAAUUGUUUACAUGUGAAGUCAGCACACUGAAUGUUACUGGCAAUUGCAUUUAGUCAUUGUUUGUAUUCAAUCGAUGGUGCAUUGUUCGUAAAUAACUGCUUGAUUUGACUGCUGAUGAUCCUUUGAGAAAUUGGCUUGGAUGUAAUGGAAGAUGUGUGCCAUGCUCUAGUAUAGGGAAUAUGAACCGAACAGCGGUGAGAUUUUGUUUGAUGAUGAUAACAAUUCAGCAUUGUUCUUCAUUAGAAUUGUUUACAUGUGAAGUCAGCACACUGAAUGUUACUGCCAAUUGCAUUUAGUCAUUGUUUGUAUUCAAUCGAUGGUGCAUCGUUCGUAAAUAACUGCUUGAUUUGACUGCUGAUGAUCCUUUGAGAAAUUGGCUUGGAUGUAAUGGAAGAUGUGUGUCAUGCUCUAGUAUAGGGAAUAUGAACCGAACAGUAGUGAGAUUUUGUUUGAUGAUGAUAACAAUUCAGCAUUGUUCUUCAUUCGGAUUCCUUGCAUGUGGGAGUCAGCCCACUAAAUGUUACUUGCAAUUGCAUUCAGUCAGUGCGUGCUAUAGCAUUUAGUCAUUGUUUGCAUUCAAUCAAUGAUGCUUUGUCCAUAAAUAACUGCUUGAUUUGACUGCUGAUGAUCCUUUGGAUACAUCUGUUUGAGAAAUUGGCUUGGAUGUAAUGAGAUAGGGAGAAAUGAGAUAUUGCCCGAUGAGCACAGGGAUGUCUUGUAAAGUCAGAACACUGAAUGUUGGUUUAUGGUUGUGAUACCUGCAUAUAGUGCUACGCAUGAUGACAAUCUCUUGAGGUCUAUCUGCAGGUUAAUACAUCGAAUGGAAUAGCUACCUCUGAAAUCAUGGUAUUUCAUUAUAAUUUAGCAUGUUGAAAAUACAGUUAUGUUUAAUGUUCCGUACUCUUUCAACACUACUAAAUCAUGUUUGUAGCUCUGCAUUCUUAUUGGCACUUUGGAUGGCUAUCUGCAUUCAUGUCAUUUUAUAUGGUGCAAAUCUAGAUGAUAAUUGGAAGUGUUCUUUGUUUUUAUCUUAUUGCUUGCAUCCAAAUUAUAGAUCCUUUAAUUCCUGCUUCAUUUGUGUUUUCUUUUGACUGGCUGAGAGAUAGUGUUGAUGAAAAAGGUCACCAAAACGAUGCUGCAGGCUCUGUCUUGGUGCAUAAUAUCAUCAAUGCAUUGUGAACAUGGAAUGAUGCGAGGAUUGACGCAAUCAUGGCUACAGUUUCAAGUCUUGUUUUAACUUAUUCACCGGAACUUUUAUUUAAAUGAUUAUUUAUUUAUGAAGAUAUCGUAGGUAGAUUGAGAUUCUUUGUAAUUUUAGAUUUUGAUAAGUGUCGAGGGAAGGUGUCUUUGAUGCUCGAGUCAAUCUGGUUUGGUCUUGACUUGGAGGCAUAGAGAUGUUCGUGGAUCUCAUUAGGUAGGUGGCUUUGAAAUGAUUGAGGUGGUUUUUGUAUAACUUUGAGGUGGCUUUGUGGUAGGAUUUGACUUCUUGGGGGUUUUGAUAUAAAGAUCAGUGUUGGAGGGAGAGGUUUUCGAUUUGAUUUUUUUAAUGCUUAAAUUAGUUUUGAGGUUUUUAUAGGAUGUGAAAGGUUUUUUUAGAAAAAAAAUAUGAUUCUUGAGGAGGGUUAAUUUUUAUACAUGAUCGGUUGAGAAAGUUUUUUGAAAUGGUCUUAAUAUCUUUUGCUUUGGUGUUUUGUCUGUUAGGGCGACAAAGGGGAGAUAAGCUCGAAUAACAUUAUUUGGACUCUUGUCCAUAGAUAUCGAUAAGUUAUAACCAUCUCGAUGUUAGCAAUAGGAGGAGGAUGAUCAGGUUCCGUUUCUUCACCCAAAACAUGUAUUAGAACUGGAUGGGGUAGAUAUAACAAUUGAAAACCAAAGUAUAUCAUAGUCGAUGAAUAUUGAAGAUUCUGAUUAAGGAAAAAAAAAAUUUGGAGGAACGAAUUGAUCUAUUUCUAUUUUUUUCUCUUUUACAGAUUUUAUAGAUUUCUUUUAUCCUCUCGUUGGGAGUUUUUGAGUUACGAAACUAUUAUGAAACUUUGAGUUUCUUCUAUGUCUUGAAUAUUAUAUUUUCACAUCUCUUAGGACAUUCUCUCCCUGCUUUCUAAUCCUUCCAAAUUGCUACUUAUUUUCAUCACUUGGGCAGCGUAGAAAUUGGAAAUCGGGGAACACACAAGUGCCCAACUUUUUCUCCACGUGGCUGUUUUGGUAAUUACGCAGUCCCAAGCACACAGCCACACGGCAAUAUUACGAGAAUGCCAUGUGAUCUAAAUGACCAAAACGCCUUCCUCGGUGACGCCCUGUGGCUCUCAUCACUCGUCAUUUCAUUUUAAUCGCGUGGUCAUUUCGUGGAGAUAUGGGUCGCCACAGUGCGUUCCAGCGACGCGUGUUGCGGUAAAAUGGAAAAUAUCCGAGCAGCCGACACCUCCGCCAGAGCACCCGCGCCAUACACUCGCUUAUAACCCGAGGCAGGGAGGUGAGGGGCCCGCUUCAAGGACCUUUGUCUUCUCAAGACGUGGCAAGUACGACGGAGGGUAGCCAGCGUGCCAUGCCGCCCGCUGCAGCCGCCCAGGCGACGCCCUUCUCUCACGUAAGCGCGCGUACGGUACGUGAUGUGCAGCUCCCGGUCUCCGCCACGUGUCUCCACCGCCAGCUCGCUCGCUCGCACGUGCCAAAACAACGGCCCAAAGAAACCGCACGCGAGAAGAAUUUGGAGGACGCUAAGGCCCAAACUCUCUCCUCUUUCCCUCGACUGCUCGACUCCUCCCUCCUCCACAUCUAUUUCUGGUUCUUCCUUUUUUUAAUCUUCUCUCCCACGUUGAAAUGGCGGCCACCUCCACUUUGUUUGUAGCCCUCCUCAUAUCGACGGCGCUCCUCACAUCACCUCGUCUCAUCAUCGCUUCGCGCUCCAGUCUCCAAGCAAAGAAGACGGUGACACCAACAAAGUUCUCAAAGGUUGAAGGGGAGAAGAAGCUGUUGGGCGGAGAGCACCAUGCCGGUACGCCGGCGGUGGUGGCGUCGGAAAGGAAAGUACCCACCGGGCCGGACCCGAUUCACCACCACCAAUCUCCCAUCCGCCAUUUCCGUUGAUGUUCCCUCGUUGCAUGAACCAUAUUGUCCUCCUCAGGAGGUACUGCUCUGGUCUCCGAGUUUCUUUUGAUAGGAUACGGGUGGUUUCAUUUUCCUCUUCUUUUGUCGGUGGUGGGUGGAGAAGCUUUAUCGAUUUGCUUUUGAAGAUGUGCUCAUCGUUGUUGGCCGGACUAAAUAGUUUUGAUGGUAAAAGUAUGUCACUGUAUCCAAGAAAGGAAAGGGGGCAACCUGCUAUGCCCGUUUCGA